AUGACCAAGCACCCUCGUGACAGCACCGGAGAAGUCGAAGUUCGUAAAGUUGAUAAGUUUUCGGUUGGGCGAGCUGAUCGGAAGCAAGAACGGAUCGUUAAGCGCUUUGUUGGCAGGCCUUCUCCGUAUGGAACGGUUUCGAAAGUUGUUUGUUAUGCAUGUGGCAAGUCCGGUCAUAUCUCCAGGGAUACGGCAUGCCCUGCUAAGGGACAGAAAUGCCGUAGAUGCCAAACACUUGGUCAUUUUGAGAAAGCUUGUCGUAAGCGGUCGUCUACUUCUCAAGACAACUUUGUAGCGAGGAAAAUCCGUGCCGUAAGCAACGAGUCAGCUUCCAUCUCUACUGAAAAGGACAUCUCAACUGACGAGGUUGAACAGAAGGUCUACUAUACGUUUCAUACUGGAAACGAGGCAAAUUUGAUGCAAUGUGAGGUCGGCGGAGUUUCCAUUGAAAUGAUCAUUGAUUCCGGAUCGGAUGUAAACCUAAUCUCGGCUGGAACGUGGGAAACAAUGAAGGCUCAACGUGUCGUUCUUCAGAGAUGCACUAAAGGCGGUAACAAGAUUCUGAAGGCUUAUGGAACCGACAAGCCGCUGGAGAUACUUGGUUCUUUUGAAGCCGUCGUAAAAUUAGGACGACGUUCAGCCUCCGCGGAGUUUUUCGUCAUCAAAACUGGGCAGCGGAAUAUACUCGGCGACACAACUUCCAAGCAGCUCGGCGUGUUGAGAGUAGGUGUUGAUGUAAACCAAGUUCAUCAUAGUUCUCCCAUUCCGUUUCCAAAAAUUAAGGGAGUACAGGUUCGAAUCAAGAUGGAUCCAACAGCAGUACCAGUUUUUCAGCCGCUGAGGAGAAUCCCGAUUCCGCUAGAAGACGCCGUGAACAGAAAGUUAGACGAACUUCUCGCGAAGGAUAUUAUUGAGCCGAAGAAGGGUCCAGCAACAUGGGUGUCCCCGCUGGUUGUUGCGAAGAAAGCCAAUGGAGAAAUCCGAUUGUGCGUAGACUUACGACGAGUUAAUCAGGCCGUGAUCAGGGAACGUCACCCUAUGCCAAUUAUUGAGGACGUCUUGGCGAAAAUUGGAAGAGGGAACGUCUGGAGCACACUUGAUAUCAAGGACGCUUUCUUUUUGCUAGAGCUGGAUGAGGAAUCAAGAAGUGUCACAACUUUCAUCUCGCAUCGGGGCUUGUACCAGUUCAAACGCCUCCCUUUUGGACUGGUUUCAGCACCUGAGAUGUUUCAACGUACCAUGGAUGGCAUCUUGGCGGACUGCGAAGGUGCCUAUUGGUACCUGGACGACGUUGGCGUGGAAGGAAGCACUGUCGAAGAACACGACACACGUUUGUCUAAGGUAUAA